AGUUCAAUGAAUGUGAACAUGGGGUCUGUCACCGGAGCGGUCCUCAAGACGCUACUUCUGUUAUCUACUCAAAAUUGGAACAAGGUCCUAGCUGAGAAUUCCUAUGAUUGUGACGACCCUCUGGUGCCUCCCUUGCCUCAGACAUCAUUCAGCAGCUCUUCUGAGCUCUCUAGCAGCCAUGGUCCUGGAUUUGCAAGGCUAAAUCGAAGAGAUGGAGCUGGUGGCUGGUCUCCACUCGUGUCGAACAAAUACCAGUGGUUGCAGAUUGACCUUGGGGAGCGAAUGGAGGUCACUGCGGUAGCCACCCAAGGCGGGUAUGGGAGCUCCAACUGGGUGACCAGCUACCUCCUGAUGUUCAGUGACAGCGGCAGGAACUGGAAACAGUAUCGCCAGGAGGACAGCAUCUGGGGAUUUUCAGGAAAUACAAAUGCAGACAGCGUUGUGUACUACAGACUCCAGCCUUCUAUCAAAGCCAAAUUUCUGCGCUUCAUCCCUUUGGAGUGGAACCCCAAGGGCAGAAUUGGAAUGCGGAUCGAGGUGUUUGGCUGUGCAUAUAGAUCAGAGGUGGUUGACCUUGAUGGAAAAAGUUCCUUUCUCUAUAGAUUCGAUAAAAAAUCCAUGAGCCCAAUAAAAGAUGUUAUUUCUUUGAAAUUUAAAACCAUGCAGAGUGAUGGGAUUCUACUCCACAGAGAAGGGCAAAAUGGAGAUCACAUCACACUGGAAUUAAGAAGAGGGAGGCUCUAUUUACUUAUUAAUUCAGGUGACACUCAGCUGCCUUCCACUGAGAGCCUGGUCAGUCUCACCCUGGGCAGCCUUCUGGAUGACCAGCACUGGCACUCAGUGCUCAUCCAACGCUUGGGCAAGCAAGUCAACUUCACGGUAGAUGAGCACACGCGUCGUUUCCAUGCACAGGGAGAAUUCAGUUACCUGGACCUUGAUUAUGAGAUCAGCUUUGGAGGGAUUCCAGCACCUGGAAAAUCGGUGUCGUUCCCACAGAACAAUUUUCACGGGUGUUUGGAGAAUCUCUAUUAUAAUGGAGUGGAUAUCAUUGAUUUGGCCAAGAGACACAAACCACAGAUCAUCGCUCUGGGCAACGUGUCAUUUUCUUGUUCACAACCGCAGUCAGUGCCCGUGACUUUUCUGAGCUCCCGGAGUUACUUAGCGCUUCCAGGCACUUCCGGAGAGGAUGAGGUUUCUGCCGCUUUUCAGUUUCGAACUUGGAAUAAGGCAGGACUUUUGCUAUUCACUGACCUUCACCUUGUCCCAGGAAGUCUCCUCCUCUUUCUUCAUGAUGGAAAACUUAGACUGAACCUCUUCCCGCCAGGAAGAUUACCCAGUGACAUCACAGCAGGUGCUGGAUUAAAUGAUGGGCAGUGGCAUUCCGUCACCUUAUCUGCUCGAAGGAAUCACCUGAGUGUGACAGUGGACGGCCAAGGGGCCUCGGCUGCCCCUUCCCUGGGGCCCGAGCAGGUUUACUCGGGGGACACCUAUUACUUUGGAGGUUGUCCUGACAGCAGCUCUGGGUCCAGAUGUCAAGGCUCUCUGGAUGGAUUUCAGGGAUGCAUGAAGCUCAUUGCCAUUAGCGGCGAAGUCAUAGACUUGAUUUCUGUUCAGCAGGGGGCCCUUGGGAACUUCAGUGACCUUCAGAUAGACUCCUGUGGUAUCACAGACAGGUGUUUGCCCAACUACUGUGAGCAUGGCGGCGAAUGCUCCCAGUCCUGGAGCACCUUCCACUGUGACUGUGCAGACACAGGAUACAGGGGAGCAACAUGCCAUAACUCUAUCUAUGAGCAGUCAUGUGAAGCCUAUAAGCACAGAGGAAAUACUUCAGGGUUUUACUAUAUAGACUCAGAUGGAAGUGGUCCCCUGGGACCAUUCCUUGCAUAUUGCAAUAUGACCGAUGGAACCCCUCUGAGCUGGUGGGUUGGAAGAACCAACGAAGUGCAGACUUACUGGGGAGGUUCUUUGCCUGAUCCUAAAAAAUGUGCUUGUGGAUUUGAGGGAAACUGCAUUGAUUCUCAAUAUUACUGCAACUGUGAUGCCGACCGGAAUGAAUGGACCAAUGACACUGGAUUCCUUUCUUACAAAGAACACCUGCCAGUAACUAAGAUAGUGAUUACAGAUACAGGCCGACCGCAUUCGGAAGCCGCUUAUAAAUUGGGGCCUCUCCUCUGCCAGGGAGACAAGUCAUUUUGGAAUUCCGCUUCUUUCAAUACUGAGGCGUCAUACCUUCAUUUUCCUACUUUCCGCGGAGAACUCAGUGCUGAUGUGUCUUUCUUUUUUAAGACAACAGCUUCCUCUGGAGUAUUUUUAGAGAACCUGGGGAUUACGGAUUUCAUCCGGAUAGAGCUACACUCUCCAGCAGAAGUGACCUUUUCAUUUGACGUGGGGAAUGGGCCUUUUGAAGUCUCGGUGCAGUCACCCACUCACUUCAACGAUAACCAGUGGCACCACGUCAGAGUCGAAAGGAACGUGAAGGAGGCAUCCAUUCAAGUGGAUCAGCUCUCACAGAAGACACAGCCUGCACCCGCUGAUGGGCACGCCCUGUUACAGCUCAACAGCCAGCUGUUUGUGGGUGGGACGGCCACCAGACAGAGGGGCUUCCUGGGGUGCAUCCGGUCUCUGCACUUGAACGGGCUCGCCCUGGACUUGGAAGAGAGAGCCAGGGUGACGCCCGGUGUGGAACCUGGCUGUCAAGGACACUGCGGCAGCUACGGGAAGUUGUGUCGCAAUGGCGGGAAGUGCCGGGAGAAGCCCAGUGGGUUUUCCUGUGACUGCACCUUCUCCGCCUACACAGGGCCAUUCUGCUCAAACGAGAUUUCUGCGUAUUUUGGACCUGGCUCAGCUGUGAUUUACAAUUUUCAAGAAAAUUAUUCCUUAAGCAAAAACUCCAGCUCCCAUGCUGCUUCGUUCCACGGUGACAGGAAGCUGAGCCGAGAAACGAUCGAGUUUAGCUUCCGAACAACACGGACACCAAGCUUGCUGCUUUAUCUGAGCGGCUUCUAUAAAGAAUACCUUUCCGUGAUCAUUGCCAAAAACGGAAGUUUGCAGAUCAGGUACCAGCUGAAUAGACACCAAGAUCCUGAUGUCAUUAACUUCGAUUUUAAAAGCAUGGCUGACGGGCAGCUUCACCACUUGAAGAUUAGCAGAGAUGCAGGCGUGGUCUUUGCAGAGAUUGAUGAGACUGCAAGGAGACAAGUCCACCUGGCAUCAGGUACAGAGUUCAGUGCAGUCAAAUCACUUGUACUGGGCAGGAUUUUAGAACACAGUGAUGUAGACCAGGAGACGGCGCUGGCCGGUGCUCAGGGCUUCACGGGCUGCCUCUCUGCCAUGCAGUUCAGCCACGUGGCCCCCCUGAAGGCUGCCCUGCACCCCAGCCACCCAGCGCCUGUCACUGUUAAGGGACAUGUGGCCGAGUCCAGCUGUGCAGCCCAGACUGGCACUGAUGCCACAUCAAGGGAAAGGACCCACUCCUUUGCAGAUCAUUCUGGAACAAUAGAGGACAGAGAACCCAUAGCUAAUGCAAUCAGAAGUGACUCUGCAGUGAUUGGAGGUUUGAUAGCUGUUGUGAUCUUUAUCUUGCUUUGCAUCACUGCCAUCGCUGUCCGCAUUCAUCAGCAGAAAAGGUUAUACAAAAGAAAUGAGGCAAAAAGGGCCGAGAAUGUGCACAGUGCUGAGGCCGCUUUGAAAAGUGAGCUUAACAUACAAAACACAAUCAGUGAAAAUCAGAAAGAGUACUUCUUCUGA